CCUCUACGCAGUCCCUAUCACUGCGAACGUGAGGAUCAGAUAGGGUGGGAAAUGAUUCUGGACCGUGAAUAUUCUCUGGCAUUAAAACCAUAUUUUAUUACCAUAGAAAACGUUACAUUAUAACUUUAGACGCGUAUUUGCUUAGUUUGAACGUGGUCCCAUCCUUAAGUGACGAUCUUGUGUAAGAUUCGCAGAGAUAAGAGCGUUUUGAACUCGGUUAGUUUCUGCUGCCUGUUGCUCAGCUGCGUCUGAAGAAAACCAGCAUCGAUAAGCGUCGGUUCUGUCUCUCCAUCUGCAAAAUGCCACGGGAUAACAAGACGUCUCUCAUUCAGAAAAUAGCCAGCCAAGCCAAUAUCACAUUUAAAGAUUUCAAUGCAUCCGCAAUUGGGGACAACAAAGUAUUCUUGGACAACCGUGGGGAUCUAAUCAACCUGCUGACCGAAGUCAGGGCUGCAGACCUGAAGAUCGCGCAGAUGAAACCGAACGGCUCCCAUUCCGACCAAAGCCCACCCGUCACGUACAUGCACAUCUGCGAGACGGAGUCGUUCAGUAUGGGGGUGUUUCUACUGAACAGCGGGGCUUCCAUCCCGCUCCACGACCACCCGGGUAUGAACGGGAUGCUGAAGGUUCUAUACGGGAAGGUCAGUAUCAGGUGUUUUGACCUGUUGGAUAAACCUCCGGCCCAGUCGGAGAGUGAGACCCAGUUCGACCCGCCGCUGCUACCGUUCCAGAAGGACUGUCUGCGGCGAGCUGUGCUCAGGGCCACCACGUGGUUCACCCAUGACAGUAGUCCGUGUAUCUUAACCCCGCAUAGGGAGAACCUGCAUCAGAUCGACGCGGUGGAUGGACCUGCUGUCUUCCUCGACAUCCUGGCACCUCCGUAUGACCCGGAAGAUGGGAGGGACUGUCAUUAUUAUCAAGUCUUACAGACUGUUCCCGACGCAGACAGUAAGGUAGAGCCGCAGAAGGAGUGGGAGGAAGAGACGUGGUUACUAGAGAUAGGCCAGCCUGAUGGCUUCUGGUGUGGGGGUGAACCAUACCUCGGGCCCAAGGUCUCCUUCUAAUGUCUGUGUUGUAAAGGGAGGGAUACCAGUGACCAAAUAGGGGCUGCCAAAUUACUUUCAAAAUACUUUGAAUCGUUUUGAGUGGGACAUGAGUUGGAGCAACUGAAUGAACUGCAGGUGUCUUGGAUAUGUCUGGGAUAGGCUUUUAAUCACCUUAUUAGUUUCAAUAUUGAACUUUCUAUAUCUCCUGCAAACUUCCAAAGAAGAUGUUUUCAUCCUGACCAGCCUCAGAAACAUCCUAUGCUCUUAACACCAUUGUUUGUAACUGAAAAUAUGAUAUGCCUUAUGUGAGUAUUGAAUGUAAACUUAGAAAGCAUUUAUCAUUUCUUGUUUCCAAGUGCACACUACAUUUUAUAUCUUUCAUUGAUUUAUUCCAAACACAUAUGUGUGUAUGUAAACACUUAUUCUAGCUUUGUUUAUGCUUUAAGGUUUUUAUUUUUUUGGACAGCUGAAAGUUCUACCAAAACCUUACUGCAUAUAUAUCAGGAUAUACACCCCCCUUCCUGUAUCACUCCUCUGUUCUGAUCACUCCUGUUCUGAUCACUCCUUCCUGUAUCACUCCUCUGUUCCGAUCACUCCUUCCUGUAUCACUCCUCUGUUCUCAUCACUCCUUACUGUAUCACUCCUCUGUUCUGAUCACUCCUUCCUGUAUCACUCCUCUGUUCCGAUCACUCCUUCCUGUAUCACUCCUCUGUUCUCAUCACUCCUUCCUAUCUGGUCAGUAUAUAGGCUACUGUAUGUUUGUUUUAGAUGGUUUUAGUUACUAAAUGUUUGUGGAGCAAUAAACUGUAUAAGGUCCUUCA